AUGGCCAGUAAACAAACAAACGCCAUUGAGAUAAACAGUGCGGCCGCCGGGCAGACAAUCGGGUCUGGAGCCGUGGCAGCUGCAUUUUGCAGCUGCCACGGCCACAUUCAGUUGGCCAACGUGGUCAAGCAUAUGUUCCUUAUCUUGGCCCAAGGUCGUCGCCGUCUCGGGUUAUUCACCAUGAUAAGAACAGACCAAAAGUAUUAUAAUUAUAAGCGGAUGUAG